UGCCAUGGCAUCAUUUGCACUUCUUGGAUCAUCCAUGGAAAAAUCCAGUAGAAAAAUAAAAAAUAAAAAUUCUUCAAACCCUAACCCUAAUUACCUCAGGACGCGCCAUGGCUGUUCUUGGCUUCUGUGUGGCAUCUCCCCCGAGGUUGUCCUGGAAGGCAUUUGGAACCAAUAGAUUAUCAACCAGAGUACAUAGAUCGUAUCGAAGGAGAAUUGCUCUUGUUAGGGCUGAAGUGAACUUCGUGAAUGCCGAUGAAGCAAAGAGGCUGGUUAGUGAGGAAGGCUACACCAUUUUAGAUGUUAGAGACAAGACUCAGUAUGAAAGGGCUCAUAUAAAGUCAUCACAUCAUGUUCCUUUGUUUAUUGAAAACCAGGACAAUGACCUUGGUACAAUUGUGAAGAGGACUGUACACAAUAACUUCUCAGGAUUGUUCUUUGGGCUGCCAUUUACAAAACUUAACCCUGACUUUGUUCGAACCAUCAAAGAGAAGUUCUCUGAUGAUAGUAAAUUGUUGAUUGUUUGCCAGGAAGGAUUGAGGUCUGCUGCAGCUGCUAAUAAGCUGGAGGUAGCUGGUUACCGGAAUCUAUCAUGUAUUACAUCAGGUCUUCAAUCAGCAAAACCAGGAUCGUUUGAGUCCGAAGGUUCCACCGAACUGCAAAAUGCUGGCAAGGCUGGUCUUGUUACUAUUCAAGGGAAAAUCUCUGCUGUACUUGGAACUGUGCUCAUAUGUGCCUUUCUAUUUAUUACUUUCUUCCCAGAACAAGCAGAGAAGAUACUUCAAAUGAGUCCCUCCAGUUAGAGCAUCUUUUAUGCUCCCCAUCUUCGUGGAAAGAUUUUUUUUUUCUUUCUGCUGUGCAAAGUGGAACACAAUUUACAUUGGGGUCAAUGGAAGAGGAAGAGUGAAAAAUCUGGGUUCCAGCCUUUGGUUUUUCACUCCAUAGGGGAAAAUUCAGAAGUGGGCAUGCUGGGAAUUGUGAUGAAAAGCGAAUUUGGUAAAUUGGAUUCUCUCGCAAAAUGUACUGUUGUCAACCGAAUUGCAAACUGCGGUGUAUCCUUUGUUUUUCGUUAUUAUUUUUGUAGAAAAGCUGUAUGACGCUGUAACUUGCCAAAUUGUAGUAUUGCUGCAAUUUUCAGCUGCGCUCAAUUGAUUUGUAGAUGUUACAAGCACUCUUUAUGUGUAAUUUUCCCACUGAUUAUGUUUAUGUUGUAGAAGAAAACA